UGUGAUGACAACUACUGUACAGUAUAUAAUAAAUGUUCAUUUUUUUGUUCAACAAUAAAUGUGAAUUUUUCUUCAUGGAAAAAUAAGACAUCCCCUGAAAAUAAGACCUAGCACAUCUUUGGGAGCAAAAAUUAAUAUAAGACACUGUCUUAUUUUCGGGGAAACACGGUAUUGAUAAAUUUUUCAAGCGCCUUUGUUUCCACAAUUGUGACCAUUCCAUUUCAUUUAUUUUCAUAAUACUGAAGUUUUGAUGGUCCAUUCUACCUAUUUUGGUGGAUUUAUUUCCACGUAAGGAAGGGGCAUUAGGGAUCAUAAUGCAAACAUACCUUGCAACUCAAUUGUUAAGGGAAACCAUGGCAAAGAAAUUAAGACAAGGAUGGAGAUUGCAAUCAAGAAAUGAGAAGAUGCAGAUAGAAUCAUAGAAUAGUAAAGUUGGAAGAUAAGGAAAGACAGGUCCAGAGGAAGAAGGCAAGACCCUGAAAUCUAAAGGUGCAUCAUUGAAUGCUGACGUUAGGAUGGUCCGUGUCGAGGUCAAUGACAGUGAAUGGAGUCUUUGGGAGACUUGACGUUGCUGUGUGUGGCAAAUACGAGAAAUAAAUAUGCACGUGUUGCCAUCUGGAAGGCACAAUCAAAGCCUUCCAGACAGAUGUCCAUCAGACUCCGGAAGAUAAAGAGUUUAAUUGUGUCCCAAGAACAGCCAGCCAGGUGUAUCUGACCGGGUCCUUUUUUGUGAGCGACAGCUUGGGUGCGGAUCCUCCAGUCUUUCUCGAAAUGACAGAUGAGCGAUAGACGGAUUUCCUUGUGCAAACACUGACAUUGAUUGCCCGUCUUCGGCGGGUGUUUGCUUUGGUGUAACCAAAUAUCAACCUGCUAUAGAUUUUUGUUUUAACCCACUUCUCCUCCCCCCCCCCUCAGGUUGUGUGUGCUUUUGCCUUAGUCACGACAAUUCUGGGGAAAAGAAAAUAUGAGAAUUUCUCUUUUAUUGGCCUGGUUUCCUUCUUUGGAAGAGAGGAGCUGAUUCUCGGAAAGUGUUACGCAACAGAAGCAAAACAGAGGCACCUUUCAACUUGAUUUAUGGCUUCUGGUGGUUCAGGAGUGACCCACAUCCAUGGUGCGAAAUCCCACAAAGCUCGUAGUUGAUGGAGACGAGGGUUCGAAUCUCGCUUGGCUAUAGAAACCCAUUGGUUGACCUUGGUGGAUGGAGACUAGGGUUCGAAUCGCCACUUGACUAUAGAGUCCCAAUGGUUGACCUUAGUUCACAGAGACAAUCUCCACUUGGCCACAGAAACCCAAUGGUUGACCUUGUUUGACGGAGACAAUCUCUGCUUGACCAUAGAGACCCAAUGGUUGACCUUGGUUGAUGGAGACAAUCUCCACUUGACCAUAGAGACCCAGUGGUUGACUUUGGUUGAUGGAAACAAUCUCUGCUUGGUCACAGAAACCCAAUGGUUGACCUUGUUUGAUGGAGACAAUCUCUACUUGACCAUAAAGACCCAAUGGUUGACCUUGGUUGAUGGAGACAAUCUCCACUUGACCAUAGAGACCCAAUGGUUGACUUUGGUUGAUUGAGACAAUAUCUGCUUGGUCACAGAAACCCAAUGGUUGACCUUGGUUGAUGGAGACAAUCUCCACUUGACCAUAGGGACCCAAUGGUUGACCUUGGUUGACUGAGACAAUCUCCACUUGACCAUAGAGACCCAGUGGUUGACUUUGGUUGAUGGAAACAAUCUCUGCUUGGUCACAGAAACCCAAUGGUUGACCUUGUUUGAUGGAGACAAUCUCUACUUGACCAUAAAGACCCAAUGGUUGACCUUGGUUGAUGGAGACAAUCUCCACUUGACCAUAGAAACCCAAUGGUUGACCUUGGUUGAUGGAGACAAUCUCCACUUGACCAUAGAAACCCAAUGGUUGACUUUGGUUGAUUGAGACAAUCUCUGCUUGGUCACAGAAACCCAAUGGUUGACCUUGGUUGAUGGAGACAAUCUCCACUUGACCAUAGAGACCCAAUGGUUGACUUUGGUUGACUGAGACAAUCUCUGCUUGGUCACAGAAACCCAAUGGUUGACCUUAGUUGACGGAGACUUGGGUUCGAACAUCUGGUAGACCAUAGAAACCCAACGGUUGACUUUGGUUGGUGGAGACCUGGGUUUGAAUCCCCACUCCACCAGGGAAGCCCAAUAGUGACUUUGAUGGAGACGAUGCUUUGGCGUAUAGGAGGUCCAGAGGUGAUCUUUACUCCUGGAAAAUUAUGGGGUGUGGCCAUGGUCAAAACAAGUGGGGUUCAUGAAGACUUUAUUCCAAACAGCACGUAGAGUAUUUAAAAAAUAUGAUACGACUCGGUCAAUGUUGGACAGAUCCAGAGACUGUAUAGAAGUAUAGAAACUUAUUGGUUGACCUUGGUUGGUGGAGACCAGGUUCAAAUCCUGGAUGAGAAACCCAUGGUCUUGGGGUCUCCAUGAGAAUGGAAUCUGGCCCCAAGAAAAGGAAGCUUUUCUAAGCCCAGGAAGGAGAGCACCUAACAAAAGUGACCUUUCAGCCCCAAAGAAACAAGGAAAUCAACCUCUAUGAAUCCAGCCAGCAAAUAUUUCCCCUUUGGAUUAUGCCACCUCGAUUACUGUUUCCUGAUUUUUGAAGUCGUCGGUCCCAUCAAAGCCCGUGUUUGCCUUUUGCCGGGGCUAUAAAAGCCCUCUGCCAGCGGGACGAACGUCACAAAAGCCCCGGAGUAGAUCGGCGGAGGUGAGUGUCAUCAACGUUGACUCAGGGAUGGGUGUUGAUACCUAGAUACGAUUGACAAACAUAUUGAUUCCGAAUUGCAAUGCGAGUUUAAACUCAAGGCGAUGUUCUCCUGGGAGUGGCUCCCCAAACUACAACUCCCAGGACUACAUCGCUUUGGCUCCAAAUUCCGCAAUUUUGUUCUUUGCAGCCAUGAAGGGAAGCCUUGCGGUGCUGUGUCUCUUGGUCGCUUUCGCGGACAAGACAGAGUCCGAAUCUUCCUCCGAAGAAGAUGAUACUUCCAACGAACUCACGGGCCAAGAGCUUUUGAGCAGCAUCAACGAAGCCAAAAAGAUGGUGGACGAGGCAUAUAAAGUCUCGAGAGAGAGAUCCAAGGCGGAUGCGGACAAAACCCACGUCACUCCUGCGGAUUUCCUGAAACACCUAAAAGAGCCGGUGGCCGCGACCCGGACAGCCCUUCGAGCCGCCAGUUAUUUGGACACCUCUUUGGACCUCCUGAAGAAGAAGCUCCAGAAGAAAUGGAUGAGGCCCUUCAACCUCACCGAUGUCCUAACCAGCAAGCAAAAGGAGACCAUUUCUAAAGCGACCGGCUGUGACUACGUGACGCGUCCCAUCUCCUGUCCGCUGAACAGCCCCUACCGGACCAUCACCGGAGAAUGCAACAAUCGGAAGCACCCCCAUUACGGCGCCUCGAAUCGAGGCUACGCCCGCUGGCUCCCGGCCGAGUAUGAAGACGGCAUCUCCCUCCCAAGGGGCCUCAUCCAAGGGCAGCUUUAUAAUGGGCACACUCUCCCAUUGGUGCGGAGCGUCUCCAACGAGAUCGUCGCCACCUCCAACGAGGACAUCACCGAGGACCAGGAGCGCUCGCUGGCCUUCAUGCACUGGGGCCAAUGGGUGGACCAUGACAUGGACCUGGCCCCCAUGACCCAGACCAGCAUUGACAACAAGCAGGUCGAGUGCGACACCAGCUGCAAUUACGCCCCGCCGUGCUUCCCCAUCAAGGUCCCCCCGGGAGACCCCCGGAUCAAGAAGCCCGGCGUCUGCAUGCCCUUCAUCCGGACGGCCCCGGCCUGCAACCCCACCACCUACGUCCGGGAGCAGCUCAACGCCAUCACCUCCUACCUGGACGCCAGCAUGGUCUACGGCAGCGAGGAGGCCCUGGCACGCAGCCUACGCAACCACAGCAACGACCUGGGCCUGAUGGCCCUCAACCAGGACUUCACCGACCACGGGCUGGGCCUCCUCCCCUUCGAGAACAAGACCAAGAGCCUCUGCCUCUACACAAACAAGACCGCCAACAUCCCGUGUUUUCAGGGAGGGGACAAACGGGCCACCGAAAACCUGGGACUGACCGCCAUGCACACCAUGUUUGUCCGGGAGCAUAACCGGUUGGCCACCGAACUGAAGAGGAUGAAUCCGCAUUGGGGUGGAGAGAAACUGUACCAGGAAGCCCGGAAGAUUGUGGACGCAGAGAACCAGGUCAUCACCUUCCGAGAUUAUUUACCCCUCGUCUUGGGCAACGAGUUCUACAAGCAGUUGCCGCUCUACACAGGCUACAACGAGUCUGUGGACCCCACCGUGGCCAACGUCUUCUCCUUGGCCUUCCGGUUCGGGCACGGCUCCAUCCCUCCCUUGGUGCCCCGCCUGGACGAGAACUUCAAACCCUUGGCUCCGUUCUUCUCUGCUCCGCUUCACCUCACCUUCUGCGCUUCGUGGAGGAUACCUAUGGAAGGUGGCAUCGACCCACUUGUCCGCGGCAUCCUGGCCGACCAUUCGAAGCUGAUGAAGCAGAACCAGAUGAUGGUGGAGGAGCUUCAGGAGCGGCUCUUUGAGCAGACAGAACACAUCGGCCUCGACUUGGCUUCCUUGAACCUGCAGCGGGGAAGGGACCACGGCUUGCCAGGGUACAAUGCCUGGCGGCGCUUCUGCGGCCUCUCUGCUCCGAGCAAUGAGGCCGAGCUUGCGGUCGUGAUGCGCAACCCCAGGCUGGCCAAGAAGUUCAUGGACCUCUACGGGACGCCAGAGAACAUCGACAUAUGGGUGGGGGGCAUGGCGGAGCCCUUCGUCCCCUACGGCAGGGUUGGCCCCCUCUUGGCCUGCCUCAUCGGGAACCAGUUCCGAAACGUCCGGGAUGGAGACAGGUUCUGGUGGGAGAGGGACGGGGUCUUCACCCCACAGCAGCGCCGGGCCCUCAGCCGCCACUCCUUCUCCCGCAUCAUCUGCGACAACACCCACAUCACCGAGGUGCCCCGCGACGCCUUCAAGAGGAACCACUACCCCAGCGAUUUCGUCAACUGCCGGGAAGUCCAAGGGCUCGACCUCUCGGCGUGGAGAGAGUAGCGGGAGGAGCGGAGA